AUGGGUACGACAUCACACUUCUGUGACCUGUCCCCACCCUUCCCCCUCCCCCUCCCCAUUCACUUCACUCUUCCCCACCCUUCCCCAUCCCUUUCUUCACUCACUCUUCCCCACCCUUCCCCCUCCCCUUCUUCACUCACUCUUCCCCACCCUUCCCCCUCCCCUUCUUCACUCACUCUUCCCCACCCUUCCCCCUCCCCUUCCCCAUUCUCUCCCUUCUCCACCCAUUUCGAAACAUUUUUUCUUCCGCCUUCUCACACCACAAUUCCCCCGUUCCCCAUUCCCCGUUUCCCACCACCUCAACCACGCCAGUUCCGUCUCGACUGCAGGGAACUUCCCAUGCUCACAGAACCCUUUGCAAACCACAGCCACCUCAACAGCAUGGUUCAACAACAGGAGUACGAGCAUAGAGGGCAGCACGGGGGGCAGCACAUGCAGCACAUGCAGCACAUGCAGCACAUGCAGCACAUGCAGCACAUGCAGCACAUGCAGCACAGGCGAGUGCUCACAGGAGUAGAUCCCCAAGGCACAGCCGGAGCAGCAGGCACACCUCCCCCUCCUCCUUCCCCAGGCGCGCAAAUCACGGGGUUCCGGAUGGCUCUGAUACCAGCGCACGCGUCUAAUCUCUGGUACAUGCGGUUCUAUUUCGCCGAGAUGAACGUGAGUGCGAAGGUGGGAGACCGGCGGUUUGACAUCCUGCUGGGGAGCGGGAGUCGGGUGGUGGCUCUGGGGAAUAGAGUCGGGCUGCUGGGGGGAAGAGGCGGGCCGGGGAGUGGGGGUGCUGGUGCUGCUGGUGCUGGUGCUGCUGGUGGUGCUGCCAACUCGGCAGCAGAAGCAGCAUUCGGAUCAUCAUCAGCAGCAGCAGCAGCAGCAGCGGAAGCAGCUUCGGAUUUCGACAUUCUCUCGCACGUGCCACCUCGCACGGCCCUCAUCGUGCCCCUCCUCUUCAACUUCUCCCGCUUCUCCCUCGGUCGUUCAGAGGACCUGGAGGUAGGCGUGCGCACAGCAGCCAAUAGCACGCUGCCAGCUGUCCUGAGUGCUGUGGAGCUGUUUGAAGUGGUGCCAGUGUCCCUGGAGAAAGAGGAGGAGGGAGAGGAGGUGAAUGUGGUUCAAGGUUUGGGCUUGGGGGAAGUGGAAUCGGGGAUGAGUGACGGGGGAGAUGCGGGGAGGGGGAGAGUUGGUCGGCGGUGCUGCGCCGCGGCUAGGCGGAGACUGGACUGGGGGGAAGCGGCGGACGACCGUUCCGCAAGUGAGGGGGGAGCCGCCACUAGAACCGCGCCGGAAGCUGCGGUUCUAGUGCGGAGCAAGAAGCGGAUUUCGGUACACGUGGCAGCUCGGGAGGGGGACGUAGAGGCGCUGCGGGACGCGCUAGAUGACAGACCUGGCGCAAUCAACGAGAGGCAACUCCCGGUGUGUCAGUCGCCUCUCCAUCUCGCCGUGGCGGAGGGGCAGCUCGAGGCUCUCCGCUUUCUCCUGGACUGGAGGGGGCAGUGCGGCGGGGCAGGUGGAGCAGAGCUGAGGGCAGACGUGGAAGCACGGAACAUGUUCGGCGAGACCCCAAUCCACGUGGCGGCCAAGAGCAGCAACGCGGAUGCCAUUCGGCUGCUGAUACGAGCAGGCGCACGGGCGGACGUUGCUGCCACGAACGGCAUGACUCCCCUCCAUCUCGCCGUGUGGGCUGCUGUGCAAUCCGCUAGCAGCAACACUGGUAACAACACUGGCAUCACCGCCAGCAGCAGUGCUGCCGCCCAUCCACCAAGCAAGCCAGCUGGAACAGCUGCCUCCGCACCUGAAGGGACACCUGGGUCAGCAAAGGUACCUGAACCGGCACCUGGAUUACAGAAGCAGCAACAACAGCACCUGAAGCAACAAGCAGACCCAGUGCUCUCUCCCUCUCAUCCGUCUCCACCACUCCAAACCCCUGCGGAACUCUCCCCCCAACCACUCUCCCCUGGGGAGCUGUCCCCCCGACCACUCUCCCCCUCCUCCCCUCGUCCGCUCUCCCCCCAUCACCUCUCCCCUCAACCCCUCUCUCCCCAGCCCCUCUCCCCUCAACUGCUUUCCUCGGGCGCCUAUGGCUCUGCCUUCCCCACCUGCCCGCCACCCACACCUGUGUCGCCUGCCAGUUUUGAUUCCCUGCCCGCCGCUGCUGCUGCUUCUGCUUCUCCUGCGACACGGUCCUUUAGUUCCACACCUUCUGCCGGUGCUGGCUGUGGUGGUGCUGGUGGUGCUGCUGGUGGUGCUAGCGCUGCUGGUACUGCUGGUGGCGUCGUGACAGCGGUGGCGGUGCUGCUAGAAGCCAAUGCAGACCCGUGUGCUGUGGACAAGGUCGGCAACACGCCCGUGGCGCUGCUUCCGAGCAAAGCCACACGGUGCUCUGUAUGCCAGGAGGUGCAGGCGCUGCUGCAGCGGCACAUCAGCAGGCGAACGAGGCUGCAGGGCGGGGAGGGGAGGUGGGAUGGUGUGGAGAAGACGUGUGGUGAGAAUUCUCACCAUGUGGACGAGAAGAAGGUUCAGCAGGAGGGGGGUGUGUUUGGGGGGAAGAUGGAGCAGACGCAUCAAGGGGGAGGGGUGCAAUGGGGGAGGGAGAUUGGGGAGCGAGUGGAGGAGAGAAGGGAGGAGCGAAGGGAGGAGCGAAGGGAGGAGCGAAGGGAGGAAGAGGUGGUACUGCAGGGGAAGCAGCAGGAUGAAGGGGCAGAUGAGAGGAAGGAUGGGAGGGGCCAGGGGGAGGAGUGUAGCAGUCUGGGUGGCAGCAGGAGCAAGGCAUGUGACUGUAACGAGCAUGAUCAUCACUGUGGUAACCGCAGCAGCUUUGCUGCUUCGGAUGCUGGAAUCAGGAACGGUGGUGAUGGGUUGACAGGAGGAGGAGGGAGUAGUAUGCCCUGUCUCGCUGAUGUUCCUGAAAAUAAACUUCUCCAAGAGGUGGAGGUGGGGAAACAAGGAGGCAGUGGGAGUGGGAGCAAGGAGGGGAGUGAAGAUGGAGACAUGGACACGGACAUGUCUCCGCUUAGUGGCUUCAGGCUGCACUUCUCGUGUUCAGAAGAGGCGUUGGCAGAGGCGAUCAUCGCACGCACGACAGCGAAGCAGCGCAGGGAGAGGAACGGAGGCAUGGCGGUGCCUGUGCUGCUGGAUGCCCGGGACCAUCUGGACCUGCGUCUGCCUCUGGACUGCUGCUGUGAGGAGCAGCUGAUGACCAUCCACAUGCACGACAUUGAAGCUGCCCUGGUGAUGCUGCCACCGUGA